GUGUCGCACAUUUAUUUUGCAGAAUCACCAUGGCGUAUAAGGAGACUUCGGGGCUGUACGAGACCCUGAAGGCCGAGUGGAACAAGAAGAACCCGAACCUGAGCCGGUGCGGAGACCUGCUCGUCAAGCUGAAGGUUUCAUUGCUGGAGCUGAACUUUUUACCGACCAGUGGGUCUGCGCUCACCAAGCAGCAGCUCAUUCUAGCUCGGGAUGUCCUUGAAAUCGGAGCCUUGUGGAGUAUCCUGAAGAAGGACAUCCCGUCCUUCGAGAGAUACAUGGCCCAGCUCAAAUGUUACUACUUUGAUUACAAGAAUGAACUGCCUGAAGCUGCCUACAUGCACCAGCUGCUGGGCCUGAACCUGCUCUUCCUGCUCUCACAGAACCGUGUGUCUGAGUUUCACACAGAACUCGAGCGGCUGAGUGCUCGAGAUAUUCAGACCAACAUCUACAUCAGACACCCGGUGUCCUUAGAGCAGUACCUGAUGGAGGGAAACUACAACAAGGUCUUUCUUGCCAAAGGAAACAUUCCUGCCGAGAGUUACACGUUUUUUAUAGAUAUUCUGCUUGACACAAUUCGUGAUGAGAUCGCAGGGUGCAUAGAGAAAGCGUACGAGCAGAUCCAGUUCGCUGAAGCCACUCGAGUGCUUUUCUUCAGUACCCCUAAAAAGAUGACUGACUACGCCAAGAAGAGAGGAUGGAGUUUAAGCCCCGACGGUUAUUACUCCUUCACCAGUCAGCAGCAGCGGACGGAGGAGGUGACCAUCCCCUCCACCGAGCUGGCACAACAGGUCAUCGAAUAUGCACGACAGCUGGAAAUGAUUGUGUAAUCCGCCCCCAGGAACACACUCAUUUUUUGUCAUUUUUUUUUGUCUGCAAUAAAUAAUUUAGAGAGUAAA